AUGAGACUCAUUCUCUUGAUUUCGUUUCUCACUGUUGCCAAGGCGUCUAUUUCUGUUCUGAACAGCAACACUACUUGCGCAGACCACAGUGCAGCUUUUGGACCACCCAUUCAGGAUGAAGGAUUGAUUGGCUUUCUAAUGGAGCCAAGUCAUGAUCCAUUUGGCUGCACACCAACAACCCAACCUACAACUGAUUGGGUUGCUCUGUUGCAGAGAGGAGGAUGUUCUUUCAUUACUAAAGUGAGGGCUAUGCAGAUUAGUGGAGCGGUUGCUGUGGUUGUGGGAGAUCCAGAGAGUUCGACUUGGAUUACAAUGUACGCACCUGGUGAUACUUCUGAUAUCAAGAUACCUAGUGUGUUUGUAUCCAAGCGAGAGUACCGCGCCCUUGUCUAUCUCACCCAGCGCGUGAACCCGCUUCUUGUCCGUCUCGAAUGGGACGGUUUCAUCAGCUGGCCAAUGCUAGACGUACUGCUUUUGGUUGUAUUGUCACCAAGCAUAAUGAUGUUGUUUGUCUACUGUACCUGGAAGAUCCGGCGGUUUCAGAAGCAAAAGCAAGACCUUGCACCGGCCCAUAUUGUGUCUGGUUUGACACUCAGGGUGUUUAGCAAAAGAAAGACUCUAGAGAAUGAACCUGAAGACUGCUCUAUCUGUCUCGAGGAUUAUGCUUUGGGCGAUGCCUUGCGAGUCUUGCCUUGCCAUCAUGACUUUCAUGCAUCGUGCGUUGAUGCAUGGCUGACUACCCGAAAAAAGUUUUGCCCUAUCUGUAAACGCGAUGUGACAGGUGCGAAUACAGAUGAGGCUACUCCUCUGCUGAUGGAAGCCUCACCUCUGGUAUGA